AGUUGGUGGACCUCAGUUUGCCAACUCCCCAACUGUGAUUGUAAUGGUUGGACUACCAGCCCGCGGAAAGACUUACAUAUCCAAGAAGCUGACGCGUUACCUCAACUGGAGCGGAGUACCUACAAAAGUAUUCAAUGUUGGGGAGUACAGACGUGAAGCUGUAAAAGAAUUUAGUUCUUAUGACUUUUUCCGCGCUGACAACCAAGAAGCCAUGAAAGUCAGAAGACAAUGUGCCUUAGCUGCUCUCGUAGAUGUGAAAUGCUACCUGAAAGAGGAAGGUGGACAGAUUGCCGUCUUUGAUGCCACAAAUACAACCAGAGAAAGAAGAUCACUGAUUAUUGAUUUUGCCAAAGAGAAUGACUUUAAGGUGUUCUUUAUUGAAUCUGUCUGUGAUGAUCCAUCAGUUGUUGCCAGCAAUGUUUUGGAAGUUAAACUGUCCAGCCCAGACUACAAAGGAUGUUCAUCAAAAGCAGCACUCGAUGACUUUAUGAAGAGAAUAAACUGCUACAAGAACAUGUAUGAACCUCUUGAUCCAGAUGAUCAUGACAGGGAUCUCUCUAUGAUCAUUGUCAUUGAUGUUGGUCGAAGAUUUUUAGUGAAUAGAGUUCAGGAUCAUAUCCAGAGCAAGAUUGUGUAUUAUCUAAUGAACAUUCAUGUCCAACCUCGCUGCAUCUAUUUGUGCCGAGCCGGUGAAAGUGAGAGCAACAUCAAAGGAAAAAUUGGUGGAGACUCUGGGUUGUCCCAGCGAGGCAAAAAGUUUUCUAUUGCCCUCAAGAAAUAUAUUGAGGAUCAGAACUUAAAGGAGCUUAAAGUGUGGACCAGUCAAUUGAAGAGAACCAUCCAGACUGCAGAAGCUUUGAAAGUGCCUUAUGAGCAGUGGAAGGCUUUAAAUGAACUGGAUUCAGGAGUGUGUGAAGAUAAGACCUAUGAUGAAAUCAAAGAGCAGUUUCCUGAGGAAUAUGCACUACGUGCACAAGAUAAAUACUAUUAUCGCUACCCAUCAGGAGAGUCUUAUCAAGAUCUUGUCCAGCGCCUGGAACCUGUCAUAAUGGAACUUGAGCGACAGGGAAAUAUCCUAGUUAUUUGUCAUCAGGCCAUUAUGAGAUGCCUUCUGUCUUAUUUUCUGGAUAAAUCUGCAGAUGAAAUGCCAUAUCUCAAAUGUCCGCUGCAUACGCUGCUUAAACUGACUCCAUAUGCCUAUGGUAAGUGUUUUUUUAUUUUUAUUAAUUUAGUUGUGAGUAUAGUUUCUUUUCACUUUGAAUUUGUACAGGAGAGCAAGAAAGCCCCUGCACCACUGAUGAGACGCAAUAGUGUUACGCCUCUUGCCAGUCCCGAACCAACUAAGAAGGCACGAAUCAAUAGCUUCGAGGAUCUUGGUGCUGCUCUAUCUGGUUGUGCAACUCAGGAGCCUCCUACUGUACAGGCUACACAGGUCCCCUUACAGCCUUUGCUAGGAAAGGCCUGUCUGUAA